GACCCCCCGCCUACUGACUCAAUUUCCCAGCCUCCCUUGCAGCAGGGUGUGGUGUCCCAGUGGAGUGUGCAUGGGGGCUGUGAGGGCAACUUCCUCCUCAUCUGCUUCCUGAAGCUGCUGGUCUGGAGGUUCUCCUCUUCCCCCAGCGGCGGAAGGCGGAGCCGGAUGUUAGGUCUCACCACAAGGUGAGGAGACGCUGGGACCACAGAUGGAAAGAAGCCAGACCUUGCAGGAAUUUAUGGAGUUAAUUUUCCUACCAGCCAGGAUUAUUCGCCUUGGAAUGACCAUGUGGAUGCAGAAUUCCUGCCUUCUUUGGGACCGCCUUGAUAAAGGCAGAUGCUUGGAAAUCACGGAGAAGAGUGUCUGCUGUCCCACACCAUCCUGCCCCUUCUCCAAACAGAUGUCCUUUUCCAACAUCUUAGGAUGCUGUGACGCCUCCUCUGCUCCCAUUCAGCAGAGCCUAGAGGAUGCCCGACAGGGCCAGCGCGGUGAGAGGAGGCCCGUCGGUGGGUUUCCGAGGGACCCUUACAAACCUGCUCGUCCGUACGGUGCUCCACAGUUUGUAAAGCGUUUUACCAUUCAUUGCUUGUCUGAGCCUUGUAACACCCCCGUGAUGGGAGAGAGAUCGCAACCACCGCCACCACCCGCGUUUCACAGGUGGGAAGAUGGGAGUGAGCAGUCGGCCCUGAGUGACGCCCCCUGGGACGAGCGGAAGCCGCACUUGACCGCAGAUCUCCUGACUUCCUGUCCCCUGACAUCUUUAUGCUACCGCUGUCUCGUGCUGCGCCUUCAUUCAUCACUCCUUCAUGGAUCCAUUUCACAUGUCCUAAUGAGGACCUGUCUCGGGCCAGCGCUGUGCUGGGCGCUGGGAAGAGAUCGCACUGGAGACCACCUAUGCCCGCUGCUCUCUCAGAAGAGCCAGGGACUCCCCCGCUGCCUUGUCUCCCUGGGAACACUGGGAAAAGUCUGAAGACAUUUUUUGGUUGUCACAAUUAAGAGGAUACAACUUGCUAUCUAGGGAACAGGGGCCGGGGACACUGCCCAGCAAUCUAUAAUGCACGGGACAGCCCCACAACAAAGCUAUCCAUCCCCAAAUGU